CGGGAGAGCCCUGCGGAUGGUAACUUAUCGCUGGCCUCCAUAUUUGGGGAAGGGGUAGAGGGAAAGGGCGAGGACGAGGACGAGGAGAAGUGGGAUAGGUGCGGGUUCGGCAUCGGUCCGGUAUAUGUCGAGGGCGCGGAGGUGGGCGAUGUGCUGAAAGUCGAGGUGUUGAGUGUGAGUCCGAAAGAGGAUUAUGCGUGGACGGCGCUGGUUCCUGGGUUUGGGACUUUGUGGGAGAGUCGGGAUUGGUUGUGUGAGAAGGAAGGUAAGUUGCUUUUGAAAAAGGAAAACUAGAAAAAAGCAUAUCUUCUCUAAGAAGCCCCUUUUCACACUAUUCACCUUCCUAUAGACUCAUCACCCGACGAAUACCAAAUGGUAAAGAUAUGGGACCUCAAAACUGCCGUUCGUGACGGUUACCUCGUCUUCAAAUCCUCCAACCCGCGUAUCCACGUCCCCUACGAACCUUGUCUCGGAAUCAUAGGUCUAGCACCAGACCCCUAUCCCACAUUCCCUCUUUCCUCCUCCUCCGAAGACGAAGAUGACGCCAUCGAUAUAAAGUACCUCACACCCGGAUCCACCAUCUCCCUUCCCGUAAAGAGACGAGGCGCAUUACUAACCAUAGCCGACGCGCACGCGACCCGAAGUCCGGCCGAAGCAUGCGGUACAAGCGUGGAGAUGGCGGCGAAGGUGCGGAUCAGGGUUACCGUUGAGAAGAACACGAAACCCUUCCCAUUCACCUUUAUCUCUGUCCCCGCCAUCACAAUCACCCCGGCCGCAAACGAGCCUGUGGAAACUAAAUUCAGCGAAGAAACGCAUUACUCGUUCUGCGGACUAGACCACACGCUUCGCGAGGCGACGGAUGUGGCGCUUUCCGGGCUCGUGCAUCGUGUCUCGGAUGAGAGGGGGCUUUCGCGUCGCGAGGCGUAUAUGCUUUUUGGAGCUGUGGGGAGAUUGAGGAGAUUGGAUGAUCCUGAGGACGAUGAGGAGGGGUUUUGUGAGGUUGAGAGUGUGCUUCCUUUUGGGGUUUUUGUUUGAAUUCUAAUUAAG